UUCAAUAUUCAUAAUUCAUCCUAAUCAACAAUCCCUUGACCGGUUUGGCCGUAUGGAAGAAAUGAGGGACGACAAUACAGAAAUCCUCCUCCGCUCAGGUCUGUUGUGUGCUGCUGAGAGUAAUUCAUCCAUGGGAAGGGUAGUCCAUUCCUUUACAUUAUCCAUCAAGCUUUUCUCCUAACGGCGUCGACGUCGACUUCUCCCUAGCGUGCCCUGGAGAACAGUCUUGCAUACGUUUGGUGACGUAUCCAAACAAACGAACGAACGAACAAAGAAGGUCUGCGACGUCCUCAACAGAAGAAAGGUCAUGGUUGUGAAGAAGAAGCAAUGGCCAUGUCAAGACUCCUACUUAGAGUAGUGCGUCUUUUUUUGUUGGGAAUCGCAUUUCUGCUGCUGCUUCUCGGACAUACCAUUCCAGGAUGGUACAAUGGCGAAAGUAUUAAGGAGGACAAUAUGACAAGGUCCCAAGGUCCAUAUGCGUCAAGACGGACAGGUUUGUGGUAUGCAGACGUAUGUGCCGGUGACAAUACAAACUGCUCGCUGUAUUCCCUACCGCUUUUGGAGCAAAGUUUCCACUCUGAACGGCUAGCUGCAUUUGUCAAAGCCUGGAUACCUUUCCAAGUUAUAGCUGUACUGGUAUUGAUUGUGUGCACGUCUGUAAUGAUAAGAACUUUAUGGGAAGUAAAGAAGAAACCCAGUCUUUCGAAACAAGACUUGAUUGCAUUCAUUGCACUUUUACUCGCAGGUAUCCUGGGGGCUACCAUUGUAUUGGAUAUCGCCAUAGAACAAAUCUACCUUGCGACUAAUAGAGACGAUCUUAUUCUGCAUUUUCCGUUCGCUUUGGUUUUAUUUGCACUGGGUUCCUAUUUGACACUAGCAGUGUCUUUUCUUCAUGCGAUAGAUAUUUUAUUGAGGAUAAGGACAUCGUUUUAUCAGGAAACAGUCCACCAACCGCAGGGGGUACAUGCCUUACAAAUCGACAUAAGUCGCAGUUUAAGAUAUUUCUUUACUGCUUCGAAAGUGAUUUUGCCCAUCGCUUUGGUGUUGCUCGUGUUAGGAAUUGUGACACCCCGAUGGAAAGCAUAUAAGACAGAAGGAAACGUAGGGUUUCAUCCUCAGUAUGGAAUCUGGUACAAGGUGGUUAAUGACGUCUGCUGUAAACUAAACUUGGAGCAAGAUGUUAUUAACGCUAAAGUAUUUUCGCUGAUCGCUACUGUGUUGACAUUGCUGUCAGUGAUUGUCGCCAUGAUAACGACUUCUAUGAAACAGAAACACACCCAUGCAACGUUUAUUCUCGUGUCAUUAUGCUUGACGCUCGCAUCAGCCUCGUUUUCGACAUGGAUUGCAGGAUUUACGAUAAAGGACCAGGUUAUGGACAAUGACGAACUUGAGUUUCCGUACUCUCUGUUCCUGUUUAGUUUUGGGGCGGGUCUUAAUGGAUCAAUGGCUAUCUAUCAGGCCGUGAUUUUGUUCCGCAUUUUGCAUUCGGUUACAACGCUUAGGGACCACGACAUUGUAGCAAUUCUUGACAAUAAUGCAUUCGAACUACCAGAUAUACACGAAGAAACAUCCGAAACGGAUGAACCGCCGCCAUAUAUAUAAUACAACGAAUGCUAUGCCCAGCCCUGAUACAGAAUCGGUGCAGUGGAAGGAGAUCAUGAAGUUCUUUUUACGAUAAUGCUCGAUCUCCUUCCGUUUCAAGUUGUGAAGUUUUCAGUUACUGACCUAAAUAUUUGAAAUUUGAACUGGUAAAGCGGCAAACUUGAGAAUAAUGUGAAUUGAUUGCCCUAUCGUUUUAAAAUGACUGUAACGUUGCUGAAUACGACACAAUGCACAUACUUCAAAUACAGAAACAUUUUUUACAACAAUCUUUUUAUCCUUAGAUGUUUAAUUUCCAUUGAAGAAACCCGGUUAAUUUAUUCGUGUUAUCACAUGUAUUUCUAUAAUUGCUUAUCAUGCCUUAGACAUAUGUUAUUCGUAUACUCAAUUUAAUAUUUUGUUAGAUAUUUAUACACGUAUGAUUUAUAAAAUAAAUCUAUAUGUAACAGUAAAUGACGAACGCUCUACGUCAUAACGAUGGAAUUCCUUUACACGCGACAUUAUUACUAUUUUAAUAUCUAUUAUGUUAUCUAUAUUUCAAAAUGGUUUUUUACAUGUGGAGUUGUAUACAUGUUUCUAUAUGAAUAUACAAACGCCACAGUCAUAUAAACAGCAGAAGAAUCGACGAAUGUUUAUUGUAAAUGAAACACAUUGGUGAAAAACAAUAAUUACAAUUUAAGAUCGAUAUCAAACAAUGAUUUGACGCAUAAAACACCUCACUCAAACCUUUUAAAAAAGUCGUUCAGUUACUCUGGUAUGGAAAUAUGGAACCACAUACCGGUUAGUAUUCGCCAAUCUCUCACUCUCACCACUUUCAAACAUAGGCUUAAGAAAUAUUUUCCUCUUUGAGGCGCAAAAUGAGUCUCACGCGUAGUAACAUUUUUCUGUUUCCUCUUAUUCAAAAGUCAAAUACUCCUCCAGAAGUGUCAUAAUGAUUACUGUAGAUUUAAUUUCUGCAAACAAAUAUACAUAUUGCUUUUUCAAACUAUUUAUAUAGCAAGGAGGUGCAGGCUGUUCUUCAUAACAGUUGUGUAAUUUCAUAUCCUAUUGUGAACAACACUGGUCAUGAAUAUUGUUUUCUGUAAGUAUAAUAUUUGUGUAUAUCAGCCACUUCUAUCAAUCGUAAACUAUUUCAAGAAUUAUGUAUUCCACGUUUGUAAACUCUGACUUUGUACAAUAAUGUACGCGGCUGUUUUUUAAAUUUUUUGUUAUUGUUAUUGGUCGUGUUAAUUAAGAUAUGGUAAUUGUAUAAGUGUGUGUGUGUAUAGGUGUGUGCGUGCGCGCGUGUGUGUGUGCGUGCGUGCGUAAGAGUGUGUGCAUAUGGGAAAAUGUAAUCAACAAUACAUUUAUAUUCUUAAAUACUUUCUGUUAAUAAAUAUUUGUUCCUUGAGACCAUUUUAAUAUUGGAAGAGAAAUUAAUAAUAUAAGAGAAGUCAUAUAAUAUACUUGCUUUUUAUGACACUUCUAUUACACUGUUACAGUACUCUUAUGUCCGUCAAAGUCUACAUGUUUGCAUUAUGAUGUAGAAAUGCAUUAAACAUACCAUAGUUGUUUGAAGGCCUCAUUGAAAAUAAGAUUGCCAUUGUUAAACUGUUUGCAUGACGUUGUAUGAAUGUGUUGUCUUAAUGAGUAACCUUCGGAGAAUAAAGAGAUUAUUAUUAUUA